AUGAAGGCUGAAGAGCUUGCAAAGAGAAUCCUUCACGCUAAGAGGGGAUGGCGCCUCCAAGGUUCGUUUGAACCCUCCAAGAGAAUCGAGGCACUAUGGGGCAUGAACGAACAAUACAACUACUGCAGGGGGGGCGAAUUUUCUGUGACGGUGUGGGCGUUCCAACAGGUCACAAGGAGUGGGAGCGAAGGAAGUACAUUGGAAAUAAACCCCCCCAUCUACCAAUUUGCCAUUCCGCAUGAGCUUCAAGCUGCUAGGGCCAAUGCUCUAGCCACCAUCAGACUUCUCAAGAGGUGGUCGGAUCCAGAGGAACUCGGUUUUGCUCGGGGCGUGCAUGAGGGCUGGGUUCGCGACUUGGAGUCCCACUUACUGAGAUCCCCUUUGGGUGCGGUUGAAGAGCAGGAGUUGACACGUCGGCUGGUACAGGCCUUGAUCGAUUCUGGGUCCAAGCUCUGGGCAGACGGCCUCUCGUGUUGCCCAUACAUCUUUGAUAUGAACUGGGAGGUUUGUAAGGGCCGGAGUGACUUGGGUGUCGUAGACCUGGUUCUAACCAACGGGUUUGGGAUUUUCAUGGUCAUCGAAGUGAAGCACGCCACCGAGCUUCCGGGGCGCAAUCAGCGCGUGAACCGUCAUGCACAGCUUGUGAGGGUUAGAGAGCAGGCCCUUCGAUAUACUAGAGAGGCGUUCUUGCAACGGCACCCGGACUCGCUUGUCAUAGCGUGUACUUACACCAACAUUGAUGGGCUCUGCUUUCUCGACCUUGGGCACUCCCUAGUGCUUCAGCAAGCCGGAGAGGUGAAGUCGAUCUACAAGGGCGACUUUGUGGAGGGGUUUACGGAAGGACAACAAGGCGGUGUGUGGUUGCGAAAAGGCAUGUCAUUGAACACGCUUAUCCUGGAGUAUGCCAACUUGCAGGAGGACUGGACAAUUGAGCCAGUUUCGAGAAACAAGAGUAGGUGGUGA